UCUGAGCAAGAUAUCUUAGACAAGUGUCACAAGAGUAAAGAAAUUGUAAUGGCUGAGAUUGAACCCCCAUUGACGCUGAUUUCUGAACAUUUAACCAAGCAUCACCAAGAAUCUUGGGGAUGGUUUGACAAUUAUGCCACAUGUCUCCAGAAGGUUAAAGAAUACCAGAAAACAAAUGUAGGAUGAAAUCAAGCUUUGGUAGCUCAAAAGUCUUUUAACAAUCUCAGAGAGAUGUAUAGGAUCCAGAAAGAGACUGAAGGUUUAAAUAAAAACCUCAUGAUUUUCCAAGACCACUAUGCAAGGCUUUCGGCUAAUUCUCAGUUUUCUGUUGAAAAGUAUACUUUUGAGUUUGAACUUGCCAAGCACAGUGGACGAAUGCUUGCUGACGCCACUUCGAAUAAUCUAAAUUUGCAAUUAUGGAUUCAAGAUUGUGUUGGUUCGAUUCAACUAACUCCAAUAAAGAAGAAAGCUGAUAAAGAUACCAGCUGAUCAAAUGAAGAAUCUAAAGAAGAAACUAUAGAGCAGAGUGACAUUUGCUUGGAAAACAAAGAUCCACCAACUGAACUUGACAAUUCAGAAUCAACUAUAAAUCAACCCGAAUUAUCCACAAAAACUAUGAAUAAAGAAUCAGAAAUUACUCUAAACUUGUCUGAAAAAUACCUUUUGUUUCAAGAAGAGAAGCUAGACUUAUUCGGAAACCAUAAAAAACUGCUAACCGUUCAUAAAUUCCUGUCAGUCAUAAAGCCUUCGACUCCUUUGUCGCUGCCUCUGGACUCCUGUCUGGACUCCAGCACGAACACUUUCAAAAUCAAAUUCCUUGUCUAUGACUACUCCCCCGCACUGCAGGAACACCUCAAGGACUCAUUGACUUCGGUCGCUGGGAUGCUCAAGGAGGCUCUUGAGAGGACACAGCAGGUGGUUGACAAGUUGGAUGAUCAGUAAAGUAAUUUUGGACUCAAUAUAUUGGAAA